AUGAUGCGUCAAGUUCCUGCUGCCAUCCAAGCCCUUGAACGGGGUUGGAACUGUUCUACGAACAUCCACUCCAAGCGCGUGGCCCCCGUCUCCGACGAGGAGCGAGGCCGUCGCGCCGCUGAGCGUGCCGAGAAGAGAGCGGCUGCUCGCCGCCUGAUGCAGCAGCGUCCGCCGCGGCGCGUCCACGUCGAAGCGAAGCCCUGGAACGGCUCCACCAAGACCGACUCGAAGCGGGUCGACCCCGCAACGCCUGCUCAGCGCGACCAGCAGGGCCUCUUGCGCAUGGCGGAGCGACAGGCUCGCACCUUGCGAUUACAGGCCCCGCAUGGUGUGACCUUUCAGCCCACUACAAAGUGGAACGCGUCCACCCGCGUGACCUCACAAGAAGUUGUUGUCGCGCGACCCCGAGUUGAGCCACUCAUGGCCGUGCUGCGACCCCGCGCCCCCCUCCUCGUGUAUAUGUAUAUCUGGAACGACAGCACCAAUCUCCACAAAGAAGGCCCGUCCUCGAUUGUUGAUGGAUGCCCGUCCGCGUCGUGGUGGUGCACCUGGCUCGCGAUGGAUGCGCCACUUUAG